UUUCUCUAGAGACAUCUCAAAAAAAUGUCAGAAAAUCUCAUAUCCGGCAAGACCUCCUCGAAAGGUCCAAAAACCUUGGCAAAGAAACAGAAAGGCAAAACCAAAUCUAAGGAAUCCUCAAAAGGAAAACAAACACAGCUUGGUAAAAAAGAUGAAGUUGAUCUUUCCAUGGCUGGUAUAGGCCACCCAGAAAUCUUUCCUUUAGUGUUCACCACAAAGACCCAAGAAAUUUUUAAUUGCCGAGUUGAUGAAGAUGUCACAGAAGAAAAUUGUUUCAAACUUAUUAAAAAAGAGGACAUCAUUCAGGACCUGAAAACAAGAGCUACAAUUUCUGAUUUCCACCCUGUCAAACAAAUUGUCCUAGAAUAUCCAGGGGAAGAACUUUUGGUAGUUUUUGAUGCAAAGUUCCAGUAUGGACAGAACUUUUACUUUGUUGCUUCUGAGGAAGCCAAGGAAAACCUUUUGAAGCCUCCAGAAACUGCAGAAGACAAGGGAGAAGACAAGGGAGAAGACAAGGGAGAAGACAAGGGAGAAGACAAGGGAGAAGACAAGGGAGAAGACAAGGGAGAAGACAAGGGAGAAGACAAGGGAGAAGACACUCUGGAAGUCCAUCCUUAUAAGCCUCCUGUCCACAAACCUUGGGUUUCUCUUGGCAGUGAAAAGGAAGUUGAAGAGGAAUCUGUUAAAGACACUGUUACAAAGAUCAAGUAUAUGAUUUCUCGAGCACGCAGGAAGUUUGGUGCACCAAUAUUAUUUACUGAUAAGAAUGCUUCACAUGUAAAAGACAGUUACAUUGAAUGCACCUCCUAUCAAGACAAAACUUUCAGUAUUAAAAUGCUUGAAAAAGAUAUAGGCAUACAAAUGGUUCCAAAAGUAAGAGAAGCUAGUACUCAGACAAAAUGGGCCUAUCCAAAAAAUGCAGCCACGCAGUACUUUCCUAGACAGUUGUCAAAUGAAGAGAAAGAAGAGAGUCUGUCAUCUGAGAAGCUGAAAGAAUUCCUUACAUCAGUACAUUUAAGAAUGGAGAUUGCGUUGCAGCAAAAUGAAAUUAUGGAUGUUUUUUUUGAUGACUGGAAGGCCCUAGCAGGAGAUGAAAGCCGUUCUAGUGGCAAGCCAGAUGUUUGUCUUAAAGCAUACCAAUCAUUUACAGAUCUGCGCUAUCUCAAGGACAGAACUAUUAGCUGCGUUUGCUGGCAUCCAACCAUUUAUGGGAUUAUAGCAGUGUCAGCAAGAGAGCAGCUUUCUUAUGAAGAGCGAGUUAACCUUUCUGAUAAAUCAUUGCUGCAGCAGUCAGUAAUACUUUUUUGGAGUUUUUUUGACCCUACCCACCCUCAGUUAAUGUUGGAGUGUCCUGAAGAUGUUUACUGCUUUCAGUUCAGUCCAAGUGAUCCAAAUGUCGUUGCUGGUGGCUGCAUCAAUGGACAGGUUGUACUUUGGGAUAUUUCUCACCAUGAGGAAAAGCUGCAAAAUGCAAAAACUGUUGCUGAUGGAAUCAAGAUAACAGCUGUUAAUAUGCCAUCGCUUCCACAAGUCCAGCAGAGUUGCACAGAGCCACCUCUAGUGAGAUACUGCGCAGUCUCUUCCAUACAGUACAGUCAUAAAAAACCAGUAACAGAUAUACAUUGGCUGCCAGAUUAUUUUCAGGACAACCAAAUGGAUGCUGCUUUUGAAAACAGAGCUGAAAUUUGCGUGCAGCUUGUAACCUGCUCCCCUGAUUGCUCAAUAUUAUUUUGGGAUAUUCCAGCCACCAAACUUCCUGAACAACCUUCAUCUGAGAAAGUAAGAGAGGAAGAAAUUUUUUCUAUGCCCCCUGAUGUUCCAGACACUUUUAAGCACCUAGAUCUCUGCUGGAAACCUCUCAUAAAGAUAAACCUGGACGAAAGUGAUACCAACACAGAGUAUGGUCCCGUCAGAAUAAGUUUAAGGGAACUGCAUUAUCAUUAUAAAACCCCAGAGAAGGUGCAAUCUCUGAACACACUAGAAGUACCCACCAAAGAGAGCCCAUAUACAGAGAUGAGUACUCCUUCAAGCAAAAAUCUGAAAGUGCUAGAAAAUAUCUCCACUGACUUUUUUGUUGGAACUGAAGAUGGAGAAAUUAUUUAUUCGGACUGGAAAAUGGAAAUUGGCAGUGAUUCGGCAAAACCAGUUAGUCAGAAGCACGCUCAGAAAUACACCAUCCACACUGAAACUAUCAACACUCUCCAGAGAUCUCCAUUUUUUAAAGACAUCAUUCUAAGCCUUGGAGGACGGAAUUUUGCCAUUUGGAAAGAAGGGGUUACAAAUGGAGCGAUCCUUCAGUCAAGCUGCUCUGCAGGAAGAUACACUGUGGGACGAUGGUCCUUAACAAGACCAGGAGUUUUCUUCAUUGGCAGAGAUGAUGGAAAUAUAGAAGUUUGGGACUUACUAAAGAAAACUUAUGAGCCAUCUAAUUUCCAGAACAUCUCCAAAUCAAAGAUCACUUUCAUCAGCCCCCGGAUUGCCUCACCAACGCAGCAUUUUUUAGCUGUUUCUGAUGAUCUUGGGGCACUGCAUGUUUUGGAAAUCUGUCAGACACUAAGCCACCCUUUGAAGAAUGAGCAUGCCAACGUACUUGAUUAUUUUGAAAGAGAAAUCAAAUAUCUGAAGUACCGUGAACAGGAGUUUCAAGAGUAUCAAGAGUUUCAAACCAAAACAGAAUUGAAAUGGAGCUGGCGGCACAAAGGGAGAAAACAGUAUGUUACACUUAGAAUUAAGAAAACUUUCUUUGUUUCUUUGGUUCUUUCAAAUGCACCUGUUUUGGUAGGCAGGAUUUCCCACAGUAUUUUCAAAUACCAGGAUGGACAUAAUCAGAAUAGCUUAGCAGCUCCUUAUUUCUUAUUUACAGUUCUUAGGAGUGGAAUAGAUGGUCCUAGUUCACAUGAGUUCAGUUCUCGCUCACGUGAAACACCUGCAAGAGCAUUAGAGCCUACAGCGUGUAACAGCUAGGACUUUGCUUUUCUUUUUACACCAGUUGCUCUUUCAAAAAGUUACAUUUUGGCAACUUCCCUAUAAACAUUGCUCCUUCAAGCAGGAGAGACUCCAGCCUUCCAUUCU